AUGAAUACCACCUUACUAAACCAAACGGACUGCCCUGAAGUUAAAGUCCCAUGGCCUCUGUUCUUCAUCAUUGGAGUAGUUAGCUUAGCAGAAAACCUCCUGGUGGUGAUCGCAGUGAUCAGUAACAGGAACCUGCACUCCCCCAUGUACUGCUUUAUCUGCAGCCUGGCCGCCUUCAACACCAUGGCCUGUUUAAUAAAGAGCUGGGAGAAUCUGAUGAUCCUGUUAGCAGAUGCGGGACAUCUCCAGAAGACCGACCUGUCUGCAAAAAGACUGGAUGACCUCAUGGACUCACUGCUCCUCAUGUCCUUCAUGGGGUCCAUCUUCAGCUUCUUAGCCAUUGCUGUGGAUCGCUAUAUUACAAUUUUUCACGCUCUCCGGUACCACAACAUCAUGACCAUGCGGCGGACGGCGGCCAUCUUGGCACUGAUCUGGACAGUGUGUGGAGUGUCUGCGCUGCUGAUGAUUCACUUCUUUGAGUACUUCUUCAUCAUGAUAAGUUUUGUAGUCUUCUUUGUGGUUUCCCUCUCCAUUAUCUGUUUCCUGUACGUCUAUAUGUUCAUGCUAGCUCGAAUCCAUGCCCAGAAGAUUGCAUCCCUCCCGAGCGGUGCAACACGGUCUAAUAGUAGGCAGAGACGAUGGGGUAGAAGCAUAAGAGGGGUACUUACACUGACCAUCCUAUUUGGGGCAUUUUUGGUUUGCUGGUCUCCAUUUUUCCUCCAUCUAAUUAUAAUGAUGGUUUGCCCGUUCAACCCAUACUGUGAAUGUUAUAGGUCUUUGUUCCAGCUCCAUGUGGUUUUACUGAUGUCCCAUGCGCUCAUAGACCCCGCCAUCUACGCUUUUCGCUGUCCCGAACUCAGACGCACCUUCCGGAAGAUGCUGCUCUGCUCGCAACUGCUUUGA